GCCAGCUUACUCUCGGACAAACAAUGGUGUUUUACUUUGCGAACAGAUGUAUAUCCACCGAAGGCAUUCGUUUUUCCAGCCAUCGGACAGUCAUCAAAUUGAAAAUUCAUACUUUGUACUUUGUACAAAGUAGCAGCCAUGUGCAUGACGUCACGGAAAUUUAGGCUUCAACCUUCGACCUUCAGAAUAAUCCUCCAUGUGGACUCAGUCUCUCUGCUUUUGGUAGCUCAGUUCCUAAUAUAUGCAAUCAAAUCCGUGCCAUUCAAAUGUCACCUGCAAAAAGUGGGUUCGCCCUCGUGACUCCGGCUUCGAAAGGACUAGGAUUCGCCUUUGCGCGACAGCUGCUGUCCAACACGGGCCUCCCCGUUAUUGCGACUGCGCGGAGAGACACCGGACAACUCCGUAAAAUCUUACUGGAGCAAGUCAAUGAUGAGACUGGAAAGGCGGAGGAGAGGCUAAGAGUCUUUGAAGUUGACGUGACUGGUACUGAGUACAUCAUCCCCUCAUGCGUUCUGGUCCUGAACAAUGUCUUAGAUGAGGCAACCAUACACGCCAUGGCUGCACAGAUACGAGAAGAAUUUCCACAGACUCCCCUGCGUAUUGCAAUCACCGUACCUGGCGUUCUGCAUGUGGAGAAGUCGCCGACGCAGAUUGACGCUGCCAAUGCUCUGCACAGCUUCCAAGUCAAUGCUCUUGGUCCUAUGCUUCUGAUGAAGCACUUGGCACCCUUCUUGCCGACGAAGUCGUCUGCAACCUUUGCGGACGAAUCUUUGUCGGCACAUGUACAGCGGCCGUGGAAACUUCCAUCGCAUGCGAUCUACGCGAUGAUGGCCGCACGAGUUGGGUCCAUAUCGGAUAAUGCAACAGGGGGCUGGUAUUCAUACCGUGCUAGCAAAGCCUCCGUCUUUCAGCUGACCAAGACUUUCGAUCUGUAUUUGCGGUCACGGAGCAGAGACCGAGCUUUUGCGGUGGCGUUGCAUCCCGGGACAGUCCAGACUGAUUUCACGAAAGAUUACUGGGACGGCAGGCACAUGUUGCAGCCAGAAGAAUCUGCGGUGAAGCUAUUACAGCAUCUAUGUGGUAUGCAGACCGGUGACUCCGAUGGGCGGGGCCGCUGUUGGGAUUGGAAGGGAGAGGAGGUUUUGCCUUGAAAGAUGUGAAUGAUAAAAUAGAAAAUGCAUGCCUUGUGUCUUUGUGCGCCAUGUAUGGGACCGAUUUCCUUGACACACUUGUGAUUUCCUUUAUUUCUCUUUUUAAUCUCGUAUGUGGAGUUGCGGUCAGUCAAGGUGUGGAGCGAGAUUUAUGAGCGUCGGUUGAGAUGAACAGCACAAUGCUUGAGAGUGGUAAGUGCUGGGACCAUACCAGAUACAGGUUUCAAUACGAGCAUCUUAGCUGAUUUUCCGUAGCAGCAGUUUUGGACACAGUGGGCCACGGAAAGCACCUUAAUUAUCUUAGUGUGUAUUCUGG